AUGAGGCCGCUGUUCUACCGCUGCUGCAACACCACGUCGGUGGAGAAGGGAAACUCAGCGACGAUGGGCGGGUUGCUCUUCAGCACGGGCCUCCUGGGCAACCUGCUAGCCCUGGGGCUGCUGGCGCGCUCAGGGCUGCGGACGUGCCCGCGGCGCUCGCCGCGCCCGCCGCCCUCCGUCUUCUACGUGCUGGUGUGCGGCUUGACGGUCACCGACCUGCUGGGCAAGUCCCUCGUGAGCCCCUUCGUGCUGUCCGCCUACGCGCAGAACCGGAGCCUGAGGGGCCUGGCGCCCGCAUCCGGCAGCUCGCUGUGCCAAACCUUCGCCUUCUUCAUGUCCUUCUUCGGGCUUGCCUCGACGCUGCAGCUGCUGGCCAUGGCCCUGGAGUGCUGGCUCUCCCUGGGGCAUCCCUUUUUCUACCGACGGUACAUAACCCCGCGCCGGGGCGCACUGGUGGCGCCUGUCGUGGGCGCCUUCUGCCUCGCUUUCUGCUCGCUGCCCUUCGCGGGCUUCGGGAAGUUCGUGCAGUACUGCCCCGGCACCUGGUGCUUCAUCCAAAUGGUCCACGAGGAGCGCUCGCUGUCAGUGCUGAGCUACUCAGUGCUCUACGCCAGCCUCAUGCUCCUGCUGGUCCUCGCGGUCGUGCUGUGCAACCUGAGCGCCAUGCGCAACCUCUACGCGAUGCACCUGCGGCUGAGGCGGCUCCCGCGCUCUGGCCCCAAGGAACGAGCAGAGCUGGCCGCCGGCGAGAGGGAAGAGACCCCGCAGCCCCUGGAGGCGCUGGAUCACCUCCUGCUGUUAGCCCUCAUGACUGUGCUCUUCACCAUGUGCUCCCUGCCUUUAAUUGUGAGUCGCUUGGCGCUAAGGCUGCGGGAGACUGAAGCGCGUCGGGCCGCAGUUGCCGGGAGGGAAGGGUGGGGCGCAUUGGACGCUGUGCAAGAGGAGCUGCGCCCUGAGCCAGGAGGGUUUGUUGCUGCGUUCCCCGGAUCAGCUUCCCUCCACAGCCCCCAGGAGAUAGAACCCAAUUUGUUGAGCCAAAAAAGUAUCGUGCUUACUACGGAGCGUUUAAAGCUGUUCACGAGAAAAAUGGAACUGCUGAAGAAAUUGAAGACCUCCGAGCCUUACGCUUUCUCUCUGUGAUCUCCAUUGUGGACCCUUGGAUUUUCAUCAUUUUCAGAACAUCGGUAUU